GAACCACUGCUCCGGCGUGAGAGUAUUCAAAGUCCCGCAAAGUCUCGCAAAGUCCAGGGGCCACCGCAGCGAAGAUGCCUGUCCGGAGGGGCCAUGUUGCUCCGCAGAACACCUUCCUGGACACCAUCAUCCGGAAAUUCGACAGUCAAUGUCGCAAGUUCGUCAUCGCCAAUGCAAGAGUGGAGAACUGCGCCAUCAUCUUUUGCAAUGAUGGGUUCUGCCACAUGUGUGGUUACUCGCGUGCUGAGAUCAUGCAAAAGCCAUGCACGUGUAACUUCCUGUACGGACCUGACACCAAGAGAUUGGCCAUCGCGCAGAUGGCACAAGCCCUGCUGGGAUCGGAGGAAAGGAAAGUGGAGAUCAACCUUUACCGCAAAGACGGUCAGUGCUUCCUGUGUAUGGUGGAUGUGGUGCCUGUGAAGAACGAAGAUGGCGUGGUGAUCAUGUUCAUCCUGAACUUUGAGGGCAUGAUUGAUGAAACACCAAUAGCCCGCAAACAGGAACUGAACCACCGCCUGCCCACCUGGCUUGUCACCGGACGUCCACGAGGCUUCAAACUGCGUCUCCCCAAUCUGCGCUCCUUGUCCAACAGUAAAGCGUCUUUGGACGACUCAGAGGCGGCUAAAAUCCCCACUGCUACACCCCUGCCGGUACUCUCAGACAACCACAGUCACGAGUCCUUAGGCCUGGGGGAGUACCUUCAUCUUCCUCCUUUGCCACUGAACCACCAGGACCAUAUCAGUGGAAGCAGGUCAGCUCUACAGAGUUGGCCAGAAGACCGUCAGGAAGACCAGCACACUUUACUGGGCCCUGACCGACCUUUAACCUCUCAUCCACCUCCACAAAGAUCCCACCUGGGUCCCCUUGCCCAGUCGUCACCCUGCGUAGCACCCCACCACCGCCUCAGCUUAAACCAGGACGCCUUAGGCUCCAAUUGCUCUCUAACUCACAGCCGUUCGCGGGACAGCUUCCACAGUAUGCGUCGCGCAUCCUCCGUAGACGAGAUCGAGGCCAUGAGGCCGGACUGGGACAGAAAGAAACGCCAAGCCAGUAUCCGGCCGGGUAGCACUGGUGCGGUAAACAGUAAGGCGAACAUUUUGAACUCCACGUCGGACUCGGACCUCAUGCGUUACCGCGCCAUAUCCAAAAUCCCGCAUAUCACCCUCAACUUUGUGGAUUUCAAAGCUGACCCACUCAUCGCCCUGCCCUCCGGGGAGAUGGACAUCAUAGCUCCCUGCAAACUCAUCGACCGGACGCACCACGUCACAGAGAAAGUCACACAGGUGCUGUCUCUGGGUGCAGAUGUGUUGCCCGAGUACAAGCUCCAGGCGCCUCGCAUCCACAAGUGGACGGUGUUGCACUACAGCCCGUUCAAGGCAGUGUGGGAUUGGCUCAUCCUGCUGCUGGUCAUCUAUACCGCCAUCCUGACGCCCUACUCAGCCGCAUUCCUCCUCAACGACCAGGAAGAGGCAGCCAUACAGAGCUGUGGUUACUCCUGCUCUCCCCUGACUGUGGUGGAUCUCAUGGUGGAUAUCAUGUUCAUUAUUGACAUCCUCAUCAACUUCAGGACAACAUAUGUGAACAUCAAUGAUGAGGUGGUGAGCCACCCGGUGCGUAUCGCCGUCCACUACUUUAAGGGCUGGUUCCUCAUCGACAUGGUGGCUGCUAUUCCCUUUGACCUGCUCAUCUACCGCAACGGAGAGGAGACCACCACUCUAAUUGGUCUACUAAAAACCGCCCGACUCCUGCGAUUGGUGCGCGUGGCCAGGAAGUUGGACCGCUACUCGGAGUACGGCGCGGCUGUGCUCUUCCUCCUCAUGUGCACCUUCGCCCUCAUCGCUCACUGGCUGGCCUGCAUCUGGUAUGCCAUUGGUAGUGUAGAGAGGAAUGGUUCUAUUGGAUGGCUCCACACGCUGGGGGAUCAGUUGGGGAAACCGUUCAACAGCUCCAUCCUAGGGUCAGGACCCUCUAUCAAAGACAAGUACGUCACAGCUCUGUACUUCACCUUCAGCAGUCUGACCAGUGUGGGGUUUGGAAAUGUGUCCCCAAACACCAACUCGGAGAAGAUCUUCUCCAUCUGUGUGAUGCUCAUAGGAUCCCUGAUGUACGCCAGCAUCUUUGGGAAUGUAUCCGCCAUCAUCCAGCGGCUGUACUCAGGGACGGCCCGCUACCACACCCAGAUGCUGCGGGUCAGGGAGUUCAUCCGCUUCCACCAGAUCCCCAACCCGCUCCGGCAGAGGCUGGAGGAGUACUUCCAGCACGCCUGGUCCUACACCAACGGCAUCGACAUGAAUGCUGUGCUGAAAGGUUUCCCCGAGUGUCUCCAGGCGGAUAUUUGCCUCCAUCUGAACCGAACGCUGCUGCAGAACUGUAAAGCUUUUAAAGGCUCCACCAAGGGCUGCCUCAGGGCGCUGGCCAUGAAGUUCAAGACCACCCACGCACCCCCGGGUGACACACUGGUCCACGCCGGGGACGUCCUUACUGCCCUCUACUUCAUAUCCAGGGGAUCCAUAGAGAUACUGAGAGGGGACGUGGUGGUAGCAAUCUUAGGGAAGAACGAUAUCUUCGGCGAGCCAAUCAACCUGUAUUCCCGACCCGGUAAAUCCAACGCUGAUGUGCGGGCUCUGACCUACUGCGACCUCCAUAAAAUCUUCAGGGAAGAUGUCCAAGAGGUGCUGGACAUGUACCCUGAGUUCGCAGACAACUUCUGGAACAACUUGGAAAUCACCUUCAACCUCAGAGAUACCAACAUGAUCCCAGGCUCUCCGAGCAGUGAUGACUCCAACGGUGGGGGAUUCAACAAACUACGCAGACGCAAACUAUCAUUUCGAAGACGUACAGAAAAAGAUGAAGCAGAUGCUGGAGAAAGUAAAAAGUCCCAUAAGACUAUAAGACGAAGACAGAGGGACUCAACCAAAAAUAAAAAACAGGAAGAGGGACCCAAGCGACAAUGGCAGGCACAUCGAAGCUCAGUGUCCUCACACUCCAGUGGUGAUGAGGGGGAAGAGACAAAUACGAACAGACUUGCCCCACCGCCGGUAAUGAUGGAGAAUCUUCAGGCUCAGACCAUGCCCCAGAACUUCAACGAGAACACAGAGGGUGAUGGAGACCCCAAGACAGGGAACACCUGCAACGCCCUGUCAGGUGCCUUCUCAGGUGUGUCCCACAUCUUUAGUUUCUGGGGGGAGAGUCGGGGGGGUGGGCAGUACCAGGAGGUUCCCAGCUGCAGCCUGGCCUCCCCCCCGAACCUCAACACGCCGCUGCACAGCCUGAACCGACAGCAACGCAACCAGCUGGACACACGCCUGGACAUGCUGCAGAAACAGCUCAACAGGUUGGAAAGUCGCAUGUCAACAGACAUAGGAGCGAUCAUGCAGCUGCUGCAGAGACAGAUGGCCCUGGUUCCUCCCGCCUACAGCGCCAUCUCAUCACCACCUCAGGUCUCCCCCUGCCCAGGCCCAGGCCCCGGCCCAUCACCCUGUCCAGGAGAGAGGCUGGUCGAGCCUGCUACCCCUCUAGAGACAGACACAUUGGCCUCCUUUUCACAGGUCUUGGAUUCCCAGGACUUUGAAGGGUAUCCGGGCAGGGAUGUUUCCUCCCUGCAGCCCCAGGACCCCCCACUCAUCACUGAGCAGGGCCCCUCCGGACUGGGCAGCAUUGAGCUGGGACUGGGCCCUGGUGCUGGAGGCUGCUCUGAGCCAGCUCUAGGUUCAGGUUUGAGGAUAGAUAUAGAGAGUGGGUCAGCUGCGGGGUCCAGCUUAGACUUCAGUUUAGGGGUGUGUUUGGGGGCCGGAGUCGGGCCGGCAGCUGGAACACAGGUAUCAUCCCUAGAUUCUGAAACCCAAAGGAGGCUGUCCCUCCAGGAAUCACAGACACCUCUGGACUCACGGACACCACAGAGACACGGCUCUGACCCAGGGGGGAGCUAAGGAAGAGAAUGAGUGAUGUUCUAUCCUGCCGUCCCUCCUGAUUCAACUGUCGACACUUUGGAGAUGAAGAGGCACCUACUGUACGACCACCAAAACCCAGCUACUGUAUCUUCAACACUGAUAUUCCACCUCUGACCUUUCACUCAGAGAGAGUGAACCAGGCGGAGGGGAAGGGCUGAGGCUUCCUAUGUCUCUCUCUUCCACAGGUCCCCCUCACCCUUUGUUCUGAACUCCAUUACGGUACAACCUUUAACCAAAACCACAAACAGAGCAGAGAGGAGCUCUGCCUCUUAACGAACACAGUCAAACCAGACUGAAUCGGACCUCUGCUGAAGGACGACACUUCACACAAACACACAAGUGACUGCUAUCCUGUAGAUCAGAUCCUGUAGAAGAAUCCCUUUACUGCUGUGUCCUAUGUUGGAUGACUGACGAGAACAAGACAUCAACGGACAGAAUAACGAUGAAACAAGUAGCCAUUUACGUCUUGCACUGAAAAUCCUAUUGAUAUUAUUCUACUCUAUAUGUCCGCGGCGCUUCCGAUAAACUCACAAACUGGUUGUUAUAUUGUAGUGUUAGCUGGCCUAACAGGAAACCUGCUGUCCCGUUCUGUCAUUGGUUCCUCACCCCCUGAUGUCCUGCCCCAGGAGGCGGAGCGAACGCUUCCCUCUUCCCAAGAGCGCACUGGAUUGGCUGGUUUGCACCUCAGGGGUGGGAACUGAAGGGUUAAAAGCCAUGAAUCUUCUCGAUGAACAUAUCAGCUGCCCUACCAUAAACAUUGUACAGAGUGAAGAACAUAUGGCAUGCUUAGGCCGCCUCACUACCAGGUAAACUGGCAAACUUAGAAGUUUACCAUGAGGACAAAAACAGCUAACUGUUAAUAUUUAAACAAGCAAAACUCUAAUUUAACUCAAUGAGUUGUGACCUUUUUGUGAAACAGACAACUUAUGAUGAUAUGAACACAUACUACUGGCCGGCUUUCAUUUCUUAACAUCAAAGCACAUGCAUACAGAAAAAAAACGGUGAUUGUAGUGUAUCCUAGUUGAAUUUGCUACCUCAGAUUUCAUUAGUCCUUUUUUUUUUUUUCACCUAAUCAAGCACCCUGAUUGCUUUCACCUUGUACAUAGUCUGUCAUGUGAUGCGUACGUAUACAAUAUAUAAGUUUGCCAGUUUACAAUGACCAGCCGAAUGCGCCACUAUUCUAUGUACAGUACAAUAUGCAAACACUGGCAAAGAAGUGAGUGUGCUUUAAUCUUAUUAUGCGUGUGAGUAGUUCAGGUCUGAACCUUUUUUUUUUUUUUUAAGUGUUACAUGUUGGUCCUCGUUUGCAGAGCAUGGCGUUUGCUUCGACACACUGUAGAGGUUCACUGGAUCUUAACGUCUCUAGGACACGUUUGUGUUUUGUUUUAGUGGCCGGUUUAAACAGUCAAAUGACAGAUUGAGUGUAUGUGAUUUAAAUUGAGAGACAGCACAAAAAAGCAUCCAAGAAAUGUCACCAUACAGUGGUGCAAGGAUGACGUAUUUUUGUAGGCCGACCCGGAAGUAAGCUGUGCAUGUCUUCCGUCGACAAAGAAGUAAUGCGAUUUCUCCUUUGGAUUUUGGAAUAUUGUAAAAAAUCAGAUCUGUGGAAGACGAACCUGUUUCAUAAAUGCACGUUUUGUUCAGCCGGAUAAUCUCCACAUGUCUAUCCUACUUUUAUCAAUUUCUAAUCGCCAGAAGCAAAAUGCUAACAUCUCUAGAACAAAACGUGAUCCGUCUCUUACUCUUAUUUGUGUCAACCACAGACCUUAUUUCGAGCUAUUUUCCUAAAUCCCAUUGACUCUGAGAGGAGGGAACUGGAAGUGGUAAAAUGUUAACUCACUUCUUGGUUUUAGGACUUGUUCCUGCACCACUCCACCAGUCCACCAACACACUAAGCUUCUAUACAGUUUGGCAAACUGGCUUUUAGAUGCACCAAUCUUAAAGAGCCUAGCAAAAUGAUAUUGUUUUAGGAAUUGGUUUACCUCAGGGCUGACAAAAAUGCACGUUAUAAUAAGAGCAGGUGCAUUAAAAACCCCUAGAGUUAAAAUGUCUGCAAUAUCUUCCACUUGAAUCGAUAUUUUUAAGUUUGAAGUUGUCAAGCUGACAGUCAAUCAAAGCCCAUGACAUCUUCAAAUCGUCUUCCCUGAUACAAAAUGAUCCGUAUACACUCCCACACACUGAAAAGCUGAGGGACCUCCGACUGAAGUGCAAUAGUCCUUUAAACAGUUAAGACCUGUAGCAGCUUAACUGCGUCCGUUUAGCACUUUAUUUCUUACACAGUGCAGAUGUUUAUAAAGACUCAGGAACUGGUCGUCGAAGGUUAAUUUUGUGUUGUUUCAGAUUUCAAAAAAACAACCAAUCAGGCGAAAGGAAGGACAUGGUAACUCUCUAACCUUAACUCGGGUGGAGUUUCCCUUUAAUGAAGAAUUGUGAAGAUUGUACUGCUGCUUGCUGGUCUGAGCUAUUGUAUUUAUUUAUUGUUGAAGGAUUUGUGUUUUGAUUGCCUGUGUUUUAUCAUUUUGUCUUGGCUUGAUGAGCAGCAAGUGAAAGCUUUGUGUCCCCCCCAUGCGCUUCUUAAUAAUAAUCUGAAAUGAAGAAGCAUUAUUCACUAUUUAUAAAGUGCUUGAUACACAUGAUUGUCAUAAUAACUUUUAAUAACUCUAAGCUGAUCAAUUUGCAAUUGCACACAAAGCCACAUUCAAUACACAUGGCCUGCUUUACCUGUCCCUCUGUAGUAGUAUCCAGCAUCUCUCCUGCGAACUGAUUGGACCGUGUGGCUGCAGUUGAUGUCACACUCUGUUAAAGGUGCACUUUAGUAUCGAACCAAAGCAAGAGAAUGCUGUAACAAAUAAUCCUUGGGGAUUUUAUAAACGUGUGAAUUGAUUGAUCUGUGAUUUUAAAUUUCAACCCAGGACAUUCUUCAAAGUGACUUAAAAUCAUUUUUGGGGUGUAAUUAGAUUGUUUUUUGAAACCUAGAGCACUAUUGUGAAGAUCAGGUUGGUUUGUACACUGUAAAAAGAGAUGAUUGCUACUUUCAGAUCAAUUGUGAUCAAAAUAUCACUGUUGGUGUAAAGUUUCUAGGACCCCCUUUUAAGCAUUCUGUGAAAAAGUCCUUGUUACUACUGAAGCCUCUCUGCUUGUUGUGUUUACUUUGCUGACACACUCAUUAUGUUUUCAACAGAAGUCCCUCCCUGUGGUCACCAAGAACAAGGACCUAUCACACAUCAAUCUAAAAAUGUCCAGAAAAUAUCCGGUUCUUUCCCAGUGAAUAUUUAGUGUCAUUCUACAGUCCAGUGCUGAGGUAGGGAUUUUCAGAAGCGGGCUCUCCUCGCCAACACACAUUCUGUAGCGAGAGUUUUGUUACUGUUCAAUAACAGUCACCUAGUGGCCUGAACUGUGUCUUUACAUUCAGAUCGAUGACCUCACAACUAGAAUGUGCUUAGUGUCGACUCUCCUUCCUUGUAUGUAGACUUUAGUGGAAUACUCAAUGCUACAGAAUACAUUUAUGUAAUGCAUAAUGCAUAAUAUAACAGUCUGGGGUGCACUUUGAAAAUAAAAUCGUCUUUACAGGACUGGGUAAUGUUUGUGGGCUGGGGGAGGGGUUUAAUAGGGAGGAUAGUUUUCCCUUUGCAUUUGAACACACACAAACAUAAAAACCCAGCAUACACACACACACACACACACACACACACCUUCCUUAUUGGCUCAUCCAAAAUGCCGAGCUUUUUAUCAGCCCAAUUCAACUUUCUAUGAGUUCCGACAGACUUGAGUCGUGUAUUUGUAGAUAUUUUGAGCACCUGGGGAGGAUGGGUUUUGGUAACGUUUACUCAACACUGGAACUGCUCCGUCACUCCUUGCCUGUACAUACCUUCUUCUACUUGUAAAGGAAUCAAGCUCUUUGGCACUCGUAUAGCCAGCACUAUGCAGAAACUGAAAAAUGUCUUUGGCAUGCUUUGAAAUGCAAAAUAAUAUAGAGGAAAAAUAUACUAAAUAAAUAAAGUCUGCUCUAAUUUCUUAUUAAAAUAUCACCUUAUUAGGGGGAAAAAGAAGUGGAUAAAGCUCUCCACGGUAAAAAUGGAUAUGACAAUGAGGGUUAUUAAAUGUGAUUAGGACAAUGAUGCUAAAUACUUUUAAUAUCGGGCACAUUUUUACUUGCAUGCUGCACUGAGAACCAUCAAGCAAUGCGAAGGUUUGAUGUGCAAAGCAGCUGAUUUUUUGCUGUAUGCUUGCAAACUGUGUAGAGUGAGACACUGAAUUCUUCCAGGUUAUGGGAGAGUCAUAUUUAUAUAUAUAUAUAUAUAUAUACAUACAACUUUCAGGUAAUGGAAAAGAUGGUUACUGAAUAGCUGCAAAUAUAGUGAUACUAGAUGAUACAAUAUGCUAUCGUAUAUUUGUGUCUUUGAUUGCAAACCCUUGUAAUGGAGUGAUGCAUGUGAGGCUGUCCUGGGCAGAACUGUUUCCCACAUAUCUUGGGGCACUUGAUUUCCCCCGUUUCCACUCUUGAAUGAAAUCAAGUGAAUUAAAAAACAGCUUCUGCCCAUCCGAGACAGGCUACACUCUGAAGACUGACUAUUAUUAACACAUCUGAGUGCAGUUUUUGACCACAUCUUACUUUCUUUCUGUGCAUGGGGGGUUAAAAUAUGUUGGUAAAAGCAUAUAUCUAACACAUUUUGCUGAAAAGGACUGAGUUAUGUUGCUUAAAAACUCUCAAAUGUUUUGAAAAUGGUUAAUCAUUUCGAUGAUGUGUACUUUAUUGCAGUCCCUGGAAUAUUACCUGUAGGUUUUAGUACUGGGCUGUACAAUGCAGUGCUUUAUUCAUAUCAAAUGUUAAAGAGAGUUGGAUGGGGAAAUGGUGAAGCUCUAGGUUCUGAUUGUGAUAGCAUUAUCAACGGUUGAACUUUAUAAAAUUUCAAUAAUA